AUGAGCAGUCGAGAUAUGGAGGUUAAUAUUGCAGCUUCAUGCAGGACGUGCUUUUUCGAGGUGACUGAGCAGCAACCGGCAGGUCUGUUCUCGUUGGCGGUCCCAAAGGGUGGCUAGGGCCCACCCUCGACCCUACUUAGUAUUCCCCUUGCUCGCCUUGGGCCUGCUUGGGCCUGCUUGGGCCUGUCAGACGCAAUCCGGCCAGCCCAGGUCGCGAUGGGCCACUCGUUCCCCGGUGGAUGGGUGCUGCCGGGGGCCGCCGUGAUUCACGAGAGGGUCUCUUGCUGCGAUGGCCGAGUUCUGACUGGCGGUUGCAAGAUGCAGCUGCGGAGGGUUUCAUGGACGGACGGACAGACAGCUCACGCAAGGGAGGGGGGUGCGGUGCGGGACUGGAGCUGCAUAUAUGUAUGCACCGGAUGGUCAAUUGGGCGGAGAAAACGCCGCCCAAAGUCGCCCAGCAGCACCCGAUGCACUCCUGCACCUCUUGCACUCUCGGAGCGCCAGCAGUGCAACACUCCGUCCAAGUUCCAGCGUUUCUCCGCCGUCAAAAUUCGGGACCCCCAUCUACCUCCUUCACGAUCGGCCCCAGAUUCGCUGAGAUUAGAGCUUGAUGCAGGGCAAUAUGCAAGGGCUGAUGGGAGCAAGCGACUAAAGUCCCCCUGCUGGCAUGAUUGGCAUCCCAACCCAACCUUGACGAGGCACCCAUUGGAACAGCUGCCCGAGGGGAGCGCCCGAAACACCACAUUCUGAUUUGUCCAAGCAGUCGCAGCUUGCCAUUGACAAAUAUCACGAUUCACGACCACAGCUCAUCGAAAACACGAGUCCAUCUCGUCUUCCACGUCUUCGUCACACGGUCCCUAGGCCCUCAUCCGAAGGGGUCCCAUUUUCUCUCACACAGCUUCAAUUUCCCCCCUCCCAGCCUUCACCGCUGGCCGAAGCCCCCUGAGACAACUGCAAAUUCAACUCGGAAAUCCCCUUUUCCAACUCCACUCUC